UAGUUCUGUCUCCGCAUACACUCUUACGAACGAAGUCAAAUGACCGUGUAACGAACGAAUUCAAAAUGAAGAUAUCACUAUUGUUACUAAUUGUCGGCAUCGGCAUAACCUGCGCCAAGUACAUCCCCCACGACGGAAGUGACCACAGGUCGCUAUCGAGAACUAGGAGAUGGGAGUCGAAUGAGUCCACCCCAUCGGAGGAAAGCAAUAAUUCUAACGACGAUGACAACAACAGUGAUGACGGUGACUCCACGGAGGAGAAACUACGUAAAAAGUUAUUAGAACAACAAGAAAAAGAAAGAGUCCGCCAAGAAGAGAGGCAGAAAAAACUCGAGGAAAAGCGUCUCAAAGAGGAGCGCAAAGAACAGGAAAAGAGAGAAAAAGAGGAACGAAAACGUUUGGAACGCUUAGAAAAGGAACAUCAGAAACAGGAGAAAGCUCAACGAAAAGCCGAGGAAAAAUUAAGGAAAGCAGAAAGAAAACGGCAGGAAGAGCUGAAUGAACUAAAGAAUGACGCAGUACAGGAGUCGGCUGAAGAUUUCUUGGAUACGGAGGAAGAGAGUUCAGUUGAAGCUGCUGAUGUAUGGAGAAAUCAUAUUUACGUCAAAUAUGGAUUAAAUCACGCAAGCACUAGACUAGAAAAGCACGCAGCGAUAAGGAAAUAUAUGCAAGAAGAAUUAGGACUAACACCAAACAGCACAAACAGUGAGCGCCGACAAGCUAUUAUAAACUUAAUUAAAAACAAAUUAUCUUCCAAUCCAGUUGUGCGGAAAGCUAUUGGCGAACAAUUAGUUAGCCAUUUAAGUCCCGCAGGUGUACAAAAAAUGCAGACAGGCUUAGUUGAAGAUAUUGAAGAACUCGAUAACAAAACAAGGCUACUCAAUAAUAUUAACUUACCAUGGGCAGAGCAAGCGAAGGUUCAAAUCCAAGACAAGAGAAGGUUCUUAUUCGCAAUCUCUGAAUUCUUAUCAAAUGUAUUGCAAUCUCAAAAUUCAAAUAACGUUGCCAACAAUAGUCCAAAUGACGUUAACUCAGCUGCAGCUGAAGCCAACAGUCUAUCUAGUGACAAAGUUUCAGCAACUGUUCCUUGUGGAAAUUCUAAUAAUUCACCCAGCUCUAACAGUGCUACUGAUAAUGUCAAUAGUGUAAGCUCAGGCCAAGUUUCUAAUGCGGCGUCUACUACUAAUGCUGGAAGUCAAACACAAACAACAGUAAACGAGGCAUCGCAAGGUCAAGGUGGAAACCCAGCACAGGCAGGAGCUAAUAAUGCUGGAAGUCAAACACAAAUAACAGUAAACGAGGCAUCGCAAGGUCAAGGUGGAAACCCAGCACAGGCAGGAGUAAAUUACUUGUCGCAAACACAGGGAAAUAUUGUCAACCAAGGUGCGGCUUCAAUUGAUAAUGCUGCAGGACAAGCGACAGAUAACGCAAACAAUCAACAAGUUGCUUCAGCAAACAAUGCUGAAAAUCCAACACAAGCUGGUGUAAGUGAGGUAUCACAAACUCAAGGGAGCACUGUCAAUCAAGACACUUCUUCAGUUGAUAAUGUAGGACAGUUAGGACAAGGAGUUCAAAGUGAAACAUCAUCUGCUCAAAAUGCUAUAAACAAUCAAGGUACCGCAUCAGACAUUUCAGGCGGUGCAGCUCAGAAUGUAGGAACUGAGAGCUCACAAAUUUUGGGUAGCACAAUUAAUCAAGAUGCCUCCGCAACCAUUAACGCAAACAAUCCUGGACAAGCAGCUGCAAGUGAUUCAUCAUCUGUUCAAAACAAUGAAGUUACCGCUUCAGACAUUUCAAGUGGUGCAGCUCAAACUGCAGGAAGUGAGACAUCUCCAACUUCUGGCAGCACAAUUAAUCAAGAUGGAUCUGCAACAAUUAACUCAAACCAACCUGGACAAGCAGCUGCAAGUGAUGCAUUAUCUGAUCAAAAUGGUGCCAUAAACAAUCAAGUUACCGCUUCAGACAUUUCAGGUGGUGCAGCUCAAACUACAGGAAGUGAGACAUCUCAAACUCCUGGCAGUACAAUUAAUCAAGAUGUCUCUGCAACCAUUAACGCAAACAAUCCUGGACAAGCAGCUGCAAGUGAUUCAUCAUCUGUUCAAAACAAUCAAGUUACCGCUUCAGACAUUUCAAGUGGUGCAGUUCAAACUACAGGAAGUGAGACAUCUCAAACUCCUGGCAGUACAAUUAAUCAAGAUGUCUCUGCAACCAAUAACGCAAACCAACCUGGACAAGUACCUGCCAGUGAUGCAUCAUCUGUUCAAAAUGAUGCCGUAAACAAUCAAGUUACCGUUUCAGAAAUUUUAGGUGGUGCAGCUCAAACUACAGGAAGUGAGACAUCUCAAACUCCUGGCAGUAAUAUUAAUCAAGAUGUCUCUGCAACCAAUAUCGCAAAUCAACCUGGACAAGCACCUGCCAGUGAUGCAUCAUCUGUUCAAAACGAUGCUGUGAACAAUCAAGUUACCGCUUCAGACAUUUCAGGUGAUGCAGCUCAAACUGCAGGAAGUGAGACAUCUCAAACUACUGGCAGCACAAUUAAUCAAGAUGGAUCUGCAACCAAUAACGCAAACCAACCCGGGCAGGCACCUUCCAGUGAUGUAUCAUUUGUUCAAAAUGAUGCCGUAAACAAUCAAGUAACCGCUUCAGACAUUUCUGGUGGUGCAGGUCAAACUGCAGGAAGUGAGACAUCUCAAACUUCUGGCAGUACAAUUAAUCAAGAUGUCUCUGCAACCAAUAUCGCAAAUCAACCUGGACAAGCAGCUGCAAGUGAUGCAUCAUCUGUUCAAAAUGAUGCCGUAAACAAUCAAGUUACCGCUUCAGACAUUUCAGGUGGUGCAGCUCAAAUUGCAGAAAGUGAGACAUCUCAAACUACUGGCAGCAUAACUAAUCAAGAUGUCUCUGCAACCAAUAACGUAAACCAACCUGGACAAGCACCUGCCAGUGAUGCAUCAUCUGUUCAAAACGAUGCUGUGAACAAUCAAGUUACCGCUUCAGACAUUUCAGGUGAUGCAGCUCAAACUGCAGGAAGUGAGACAUCUCAAACUUCUGGCAGUACAAUUAAUCAAGAUGUCUCUGCAACCAAUAACGCAAACCAACCUGGACAAGCACCUACUAGUGAUGCAUCAUCUGUUCAAAAUGAUGCUAUGAACAAUCAAGUUGCCGCUUCAGACAUUUCAGGUGGUGUAGCUCAAACUGUAGGAAGUGAGACAUCUCAAACUUCUGGCAGCACAAUUAAUCAAGAUGUCUCUGCAACCAAUAACGCAAACCAACCUGGACAAGCACCUGCUAGUGAUGCAUCAUCUGUUCAAAAUGAUGCCGUGAACAAUCAAGUUACCGCUUCAGACAUUUCAGGUGGUGCAGCUCAAACUACAGGAAGUGAGACAUCUCAAUCUUCUGGCAGCACAAUUAAUCAAGAUGGAUUUGCACCAAUUAACGCAAACCAACCUGGACAAGUAGCUGCCAGUGACGCAUCAUCUGUUCAAAACGAUGUCGUGAACAAUCAAGUUACCGCUUCAGACAUUUCAGGUGGUGAAGCUCAAACUAUUGCAAGUGAGACAUCGCAAACUCAAGAUAGUGUUAUUAAUCAAGAAACUUCUGUAACUGAUAGUACAAACCAAUCAAAUCCAGCUAUUGCAACUGAAACGUCAUCGAUACAAAAUAAUGAACAAGUUGCUUCAGUAGAUAAUGCGAAUAGUCAAACACAAUCUGGAAAUAAUAUAGAUCAGUCAACGCAAUUGGUCGCAGAUGAAACACUACCUGCUCAAAAUCAAGACACUGCAACAGUAGACACUACUGUGAAUGAGCCAUCGCAAGUCCAAGGUACUGUUGUCAAUCAAGAUGCUGUUGUUGAUAGCAUAACUCAACUGGGAGGUGAGGAAGCUCAAGCUCAGCAAUCUCAAGGCACAACCAACAAUGUUCCUUCAACAGAUAACACUGUUCUAGCAGAUCAAACUUUGGUAAGUGAAACAUCACCAGCGGUAAAUCAAGAAAUUGCUUCCACAAAUAAUGUUGACGCUGUCGCCACUCAGUCCAAUACUGUAAAUGAACCCGUAGACACACAAAUAGGUUCAGGCGAUGGCCCUACUCAAUCAACAAGUGACUCUUCUAUAAACCAAGAAAAUGUUGAAAACAAUAUUGCAAAUGAUGGCGUUUCACAAGUUGUUGUAAAUACUGAUUCCGAACUCACAACAUCGCAAGCGCUUCCUGUUAAUAAUGGUUAUGUCAAUUCAGAAGCUACAGAUAAUACAGUAACAGAAAGUUCAGUACCAGUUGAACCUCAAACAAUAUCUAACAUCGAUGCAUCUCAAGCAAUUCCUGUAGAAACAGCAACAGAUAAUGUAGAAAGUGCACCUACUAGUGAGGCUGUUUUGGUUGAUAACAAUACGUUGGAAGCAGCAACAGAGAACACUCAGUUAAAUAAAGCAGAAAAUAACACAAGUGUCACAUCUGAAGCCCCGAACACUGGAGAUACCAUUAAUCCUCUUGAGAACGUUAUUGUAAAUCAAGAAAAUACCGAGAGCAGCAACUCUAUCGCAGCUGACGGACCUUGGGAGACGCAGACUAAAGCCACAUCCGAAGUUUUACCAGCUGAGAAUGUGACAGAAAAUAUUGAAAACACUACGGAUGUCGUAGUCGAAGCUACUGAAGCACAGGCAACUGUUGACAUAACUACCGAAGCAGUUCAAGAAACCGUCACAGACGGUAUUACCAUACCAGUCGAGCCUGGUGCGUCCAUUGUAGAAAUUACUCAACAGUAAUCAAUCUUAAAUAACAAAAAAGGAAUAACUUAAUUUUAAAUACUAGACACUGUACAUAAUAAAUAUUUGUUGUUAAAAAUUUAUGUUAGCAUUAGAAUACUUAGUAAAAAUGGAUCGUAACACUAUUUAUUUUGCUCCAAAUAAAACAAAUGCAUUUAAUUCUCAA